CGUCAAUAUAAAUGUGUCCCCCCAGAACACGUCACGCGUCAUUAUUUGGGUUGGCUGCUAUUGUUGCGGCGUUAGUCGGGACAGAUCUUUAGCGCUGGUUUCCUCCUCGCCUCCGUGAAGUCCCCAGUGAAACCACGCACACGCCGUUGGAGCUGAUUUGCCAGUGAAGUCCACAAGGGGGCCGGACCGCGUACUCACCGCGCCUCACGACGCUUUCCUCAACCUUGGGAACCGAGAACGGGAAUAUACUCCAAACCGGCGCGCCUCGCUUUAACGGGGACGGAGCGGAUGCCUUCUGUCUUUACUGAGCCAGACCGGAUGGAAUAUAUUGUCUUUGCCCCUUUUUCUGCUUGAGUUGGCGUUUCAAGCUGAAAUGAUGGUGUGUCAAAUAUCCGGGGAUGCUUAAUACUUCGCUGGUGUGACAGGUCUCGCUUAUGUGAUCCGCUUCACUGAAAUAUCAUCUAUAUUUUGAAAGUGCACAGAGAAACAUGGACUAAUUUGCUUUUGUAUUCAUGAUGGGAUUAUUAAGCUUUUGUUUUUUGCUCGGCAUAUUUUGCAUCUUUUCAGUUGCAGGUUUUGGGGUUGACCCCACUUUGCGCAUCAACGUUUUCGAUGAAAUUAAGCUCGGGGAGUCGUUUCCUGGAGUUUCUCAAGUCCAUGGAUUCCACAACGAGAGCAGAGCCUUUCUGUUCCAAGACACGGAGAGGAACAUCAGGGCUCCCUUCGAUGCAGCCCAGCGUAUUGUGCGGAAGUUGCGGAACAGGAGUGAGUUCACCAUCCUGGUGACCCUGAAGCAGGAGAGCCUGAACUCCGGGGUCAUCUUCUCCAUCCACAGCGCCAAGCACAGGUAUCUGGAGCUGGAGAGCAGUGGUCAGCGGAAUGAGAUCAGACUGCAUUACCGCGCGCGGGACCAGCAGCCCCACAGCGAGGUGUUCCCCUACACGCUGGCGGACAGCCGCUGGCACAAAGUGUCCAUCGCCGUCAGCGCCUCCCACGUCCUGCUGCACGUGGACUGCAACCGAAUUUAUGAAAGAGUGGUAGAGACGCCGCUGAUGGAUAUUCCCAAAGACACGUCCUUCUGGCUUGGACAAAGAAACAACGCGCAUGGCUACUUUAAGGGGGUCUUACAGGACGUUCAGGUGCUGGUCAUGCCCCAGGGAUACAUCUCCCAGUGCCCCGACCUCAACCGCACCUGUCCCACUUGUCAUGACUUCCAUGGCCUUGUCCAGAAAAUCAUGGAACUGCAGGACAUCCUGGCCAAGACGUCCAGCAAGCUGGCCCGGGCGGAGGAGAAGAUGGGGGGUCUGGACAGGUGUUACUGCGAGAGGACCUGCAGCAUGAAGGGCGUGGUCUACAGGGAGGAGGAGGCCUGGACCGACGGCUGCAGGAACUGCACCUGUGCCAAUGGCACGGUGCGCUGUGAGACCGUAUCCUGCCCCCCCCUCCAGUGCCCCCCUGACACAGCCCCCGCCUACGUGAGCGGGAAAUGCUGCAAGGAGUGCCAGCGAGUCUGCCUGUUCAGAGGGGGCGUGUACGUGGAAGGCACGAGGAGGGCCGAACGGGACUCCACGGGAAAGUGUCUGCUGUUCGAAUGCAGGGACGGGACGAUGCUCCAGGCGCCCACCCCGCCCUGCCCCCUGCUGAGCUGUGCAGAGUCGGAGCAGAUCUCCCUGACGGACCGCUGCUGCCGGGUCUGCAGAGGUCAUGACUUCUGCUCGGAGAGUCACGGCUGUGUGGAGAACUCUGACUGUGUGAACCUGGAGGGCGGAGCCAGCUGCAGCUGCCAGGACGGUUACCACGCGCUGCGUGACGACGGCGCUUUCUGCGAAGACGUGGAUGAGUGUGCGGAGGGGAGGCACUACUGCCGGGAGAACACCGUGUGCCUGAACACGCCUGGCUCCUUCCUGUGCGUCUGCCGCCGCGGGUACAUCAGGAUCGACGACUACUCCUGCACAGAACACGAGGAGUGUGCAAGCGGACAGCACCACUGUGACCAGAACGCGCUCUGCUUCAACACGGUGGGCGGGCACAGCUGCUCCUGCAAGCCCGGCUUCUCUGGCAACGGCACGCACUGCAGAGCUCUGUGUGACGGGGUGUGUCAGAAUGGGGGUACCUGUGUCUCCCAGAACACCUGUGUCUGCCAGCAGGGCUUCACCGGGGACAGGUGUGAGACAGACAUAGACGAGUGCACAGAGGGCUUUGUGGAGUGUGACAGCAGGGCCACCUGCAUCAACCUGCCGGGGUGGUACCACUGCGAGUGUCGGGAUGGUUACCACGACAACGGGCUCUUCUCGCCCAAUGGGGAGUCCUGUGAAGAUAUUGAUGAGUGUCGGACUGGGAGGAACAGCUGUGCGAACGACACCGUGUGCUUUAACCUGGAGGGGGGGUAUGACUGCAGGUGCCCCCACGGCAAGAACUGCACCGGGGACUGUAUCCACGACAACAGAGUCAAGCACAACGGCCAGAUCUGGGUCUUAGAGAACGACAGGUGUUCUGUGUGCUCCUGCCAGAGCGGGCUGGUGAUGUGCCGGCGCAUGGUGUGUGACUGUGAGAACCCCACGCUGGAUCUGUUCUGCUGCCCAGAGUGUGACCCGCGGCUCAGCAGCCAGUGCCUGCACCAGAGCGGCCUGAGGACCUACGGCAGCGGGGACAGCUGGGUGGACAACUGCCAACACUGCCAGUGUCUGCAGGGGGAGGUGGACUGCUGGCCGAUGGCCUGCCCGCUGGCGGACUGUGAGUUCUGGGCGGUGCCGGAGGGGGAGUGCUGCCCGCGCUGCGUGUCCGACCCCUGCCAGGCCGACACCGUGCGCAACGACCUCACCAAGACCUGCCAGGACGAGCUGGGAGUCACCCGCUUCAGCGGGGCGUCCUGGGUCCAGCACCGCACUGAGUGCAGCCUGUGCCACUGUAAGAACGGACAUGUAUGCUGUGCAGUCGACCCCCUGUGUCUGUAGCCCCCAGUGAGGCUCUGAGGCCCCCCGUCCUCCAGCGUCUUUAUACCAAAUGCACAUCUGUACCAUAUUCCACUCUCUCCCCACUCCAUUGUGCCCCCCACCAUGGUGCAGUAAACCCCCAUCUUAAUCAUGAAACUAAUCUAAUAUUUAAGCUGGCAUGACUGUACAGUACGUGUUGUUGACUAGUUGCUGGUUUAAUUUUUAUCUCCAUUUGUGAAGAUUUUGGGUGUUCCCCGUGGUGACGGUUCCAUGCGUUCUCAUCUUCGCGAGAGUCGUCGUCUGUAUAUUAUCACGCCGCUCGACUGCACUUGAUUUAUUUGGUGUUUAAUUUAUUCAAUGGCUUGUGUAACGGUGAAAUAAAGAUUUUCAUUUCCAUCA